CAUAUCAGUAAUGAACGAGUAGCAAAAGCAAUAAAAACAGCUAAAACUUUUAUGAAAAUUGCAUUCUUUUUGAUUCAUCAAAAUAUAAUUAACUUUGUUUUUAACUGAAUUUUAACAAUUAAAGCUAUUAAAAAAAUCUUCAAACAAAAUAAUACAAAAAUAUUUGUAGUGUCAAGUGAAAAAAAAAAUUAAAUUCCUACCUCCAGUAAAAAAAAAUUUCACGUCUGAGGUGUGACAAUGAAAAGCUUAGAAAACAUAAAAAAGGAAUAUCCUCUGCAUUGGCUGAUAUGGAAUAAUAAUUUUGAAGAACUUCAGAUUGCCCUCAAAACGGAAAAAAACGACAAGGAAAAGCUUGACCCCAGAGGUCGAACACCACUAAUGCUGGCCGUUAAGCUGUCGUCGUUGCCUUGUGUUAAAUGUCUUCUAGCUGCAAAAUGUAAUGCGAAUUUCGAACACGAAGGUUGGACAGUUGUACAGGAAGCUGUUUGUUGUGGAGACGAGGAUAUUCUUACUGCAAUUAUUGAAGUCCGUGAUCUUCAACGACAUGUGCAGAGGGUUACACAUGUGCCUAAACUUUUACAACAUCUGCUCGAUGCUCCAGAUUUUUAUAUUGAAAUGAAAUGGGAAUUCACGUCAUGGGUACCUUUAAUGUCAAGGCUCUGUCCAAGUGAUACGUAUAAGGUAUACAAAAGAGGUGCUAAUGUCCGUAUCGAUACAACCCUUUUAGGUUUUGAUAAUUCAACCUGGCAGCGUGGGAAUCGGUCAUAUAUUUUCAAAGGCCUAAAAGAAACAGCAACCAUGAUAGAAAUUGACCAUGAUACCCAUGAAGUUCUCGUAGAGCAGUUAAAUAGUGAAGUAGGUGAUAUUGCUGGCAUACCACCACCAAUAGGAGCAGUUCGUGCACGCCUUAAUGCUCCUGUAAUGACCAAUAACAUUGACAUGGACAAAAUAAGUUUCGAAAGAAAUAAAUCUGGCAUUUGGGGUUGGCGUAGCGAAAAAACAGAAAAUGUAAAUGGUUACAACUGCAAAGUAUAUGGUGCAAGUAAUGUUGAGUUUAUUACAAAAACCCGAAUGGAUCAUCUAAAUGAGGAUCAAAUUAGAAGUAAAACUUCACGAACGCCUCUUCAUAGCUUUCUUGGCAUAGCAGAAGACGAAUAUGUUUCUAGUCCAGAUUUAGCAUGCUAUCGAGAUAGGGUACCAUCGCCACAUACAGAAACGACCGUGGAAAAUGGCGGAGACGAAGAAACAGCAAGUACCAGUUCGGGUAGUAAUACCCCAAAACAAGCAAUAACACCUGAAGAGUACUUUUCUGAAAUUGAUUUGAACGGCAGAGACAUUGGUAGACCAAAGAAAAUAAGUACCAAGAUUCAAAGAUUUAAAGCGAACCUGUGGCUAAGUGAAGAGUAUCCGAUUCGGUUGCAAGAACAAGUUUUACCUAUUUUAGAUUUAAUGUCUACAAUGGCUAGUCCACAUGUGUCCAAAUUGAAAGACUUUAUAACUAUGCAACUGCCAUCUGGUUUUCCAGUGAAAAUUGAAAUUCCAUUGUUUCACGUACUGAAUGCAUGUAUAACAUUUGGAAAUGUGUUUGCAUUGACAUCUCCAAUAGAGAAUGUUCAAACAAUAAAUGAAGAUGAUCGAUUAACGUGUAUUGUCGAUGAUCGUUGCUUCGAUAUUCCAGUUCAUUAUACAAAUAGAGAUACGGAUGUAAGACGUCAAUUAACAAUAGACGAAGAUGAUCUUUUACAAUAUGCUAUUGAGCAAAGCUUAGUAGACAAUUCAGAAAAAGAGACUGAUAAAGUGGAUAUAUGGGAAGCUCUUCGUGGUCAGAGUGGGUCAUCAACUUCUUCGUUAAUGCAAGAUGAAGAAGCUCAGUUGCAAAGAGUUCUUCAAGAAUCUAUUUACCAAGGUCGUGGUAAUAGUUCGCCCGUUUUCGAAGACGAUGGUAGAUUUAACUACAUGGAUCCCGACUUAGCAAUGGCCCUACGUCUUAGUCAACAAGAUCAGCAUCAAUAUGAACUUGAAUUACAAAAGGAACAGGAAAUGAUUGAACAGGCGCUGAAACUAAGUCUUGCAGAGAAAUAAUUUUUUCAACGCCAAUAUAAUAAAAAAAAAAAAAAUAAUAUACCUACUAAUGUUUUAUGUUAAAAUAUAUUAUUAUGAGUCUUUUCCUAGGUUACACACUACUAUAUUCAUUUUCUUAUCUACAAAUGGCAAAAAGUGUCAUCACUCAAAAUCUUAUAUAAAAAAGCGUAAAACUGUUAUAUGCAUUUGUAUUUAUAUACAUACAUUUUUGUGAUAUUUUCUAACUUUGAGAUAAAAUUUAGAGAACGUUUAUCUAUUACAAAAAAAAUAACAUCAUUUCGAGAACUAUUAUAAUAAAUACUAUACAGACUUCAAAUUUUUUUAGGGCACACAUUAUUUUUCCUCAUUUAUUUUUUGUUAAUAUAUUAUUGCAAAGAAUACAACAAACAAAUUAACCAAAUACCAUUCAAGUUGUAUAUUGUAGUAAAUAUAAUGGGUUACACAAACCCCGUAUCGAUAAAAAAAACUCGUCGAAAACAAUAUAAAACUAAUGCAAGAUUAAAA